GGCCUCCCCAGUUCUCAGCUGCAGUGUUCACUUUCUGGGUGGUCUGUUCUGAGUCUGCUGGUUCUGUCUGGUAGCCUAAUGGCUUAAAAGUACGUUGUUUACUGCAGUAGUUUCCACAGCAGUUUUGAGAUUUAAAAGCACACAGGUCCCAGCUCCUUGCCUCAACCCUCAGUCCAAAGUGCUGCCUGGCUCUGCCGAACUAGGAACUGCUUCGCAAUGUCAGAACUCAAGGUUUAUGUCUACUACACCGGUGGAACUAUCGGCAUGGGAUCUUCUGGGAGCGAAAAUCCUGCCAAACUUGAAGAGUUUAUUAAACAGUUGAAACUCUAUCCUCAGCUACAUGCAAAAUCUGAUGACAAAGGUUGGAUUUACCUCCCGUCAGGUUCAGCAAGAGGAUUCCCUGAGCCUGAACAAGACUUAAAGUAUAUGAUUGAUGGCUUAAAGGAUCCAAUCGAAUCCUCCAACAUGAAACCUCAAGACUGGCAGGAUUUGGCCAGAAGGAUAUAUGAUUGCUAUGAUGAUUAUGAUGGGUUUGUUAUCCUCCAUGGAACAGACACCAUGGCAUUCACUUCCUCCGCUUUAUCUUUCCUGCUUCAAGGACUGAAGAAACCAAUCAUUCUUACAGGAUCUAAGGUACCACUCUUUCUGAACAGAAAUGAUGCAGUUGACAACAUCCUUGGAUCGCUGUUGAUCGCGGGCUACUUGUCACGUGCUGCCAGUAUCCAGCAGGUUUGCGUAUUUUUCAAUUCCAAGCUCUUCCAGGGAAAUCGUGUGGUUAAGCAGAGUACUGAACAUAUGGAUGCUUUUGCCUCACCCAACAAGCUCCCUCUAUUGGAACUGAAUGCGCAGGUUAAAGUGAACUGGGAUACAAAGAAGGCAGACAAAAGUGACUUGCAAAUCUUCACCUUGAAGUGCACACCAGACAUAAGAAUCCUCCAGCUCUUUCCUGGAAUUGAUGAAAGAUAUAUUGCAAGCACUCUGGAAGGAGCAAGAGCAGUGAUACUGCAAACCUACGGCUGUGGUCACAUUCCUGGUGAUGACUGGUUUAUCAACUUACUGCGCAAAGCCUCGAUCUCUGGAGUUCUGAUUAUCAACAAAAGCCAGUGUUAUCGAGGUGCUGUGCAUGAAGAUUGCCAGAAACUGGCCACAGCUGGGGUCAUCCUUGGAUAUGAUAUCACAAUGGAAGCAGCCAUUGCAAAGCUUGCCUGGGUCCUGAAUCAAUCGGAGGACAGUGGACAGAGACGAGAGCUAUUGAAACGGAACAUCUGCGGGGAAAUGACGGUCCCUCUGUAGGUCUGAAAACUGCUGCUGCAUAGACAUUUUGACCAGAGCAGUGAAGCAAUACCUUGAUUCUCAUUCGCCCGGUUUUCCUUUCCCCUGAAGGCACCAAGCUGACCACUUACAGUGACUGAGGAUACCGGCCAUCCAAGCUGCAGAUCUGCUGUGUCUGUGACUAUGUCAGGGAUCAUUGUGGUCCGUCCUACUCUUCCCAAUGACAAUUAUUAGACAAUUAGAACACUCCAGCACUGUACAGGCCCUUUGGCCCACAAUGUUGUGCCGACAUUUUAUCCUGCUCUAAGAUCUAUCUAACCCUUCCCUCCCAUAUAGCCGCUCAUUUUUUUCUAUCAUACAUUUGUCUAUCUAAGAGUCUCUUAAAUACCCCCAGUGUAUCUGCCCCCACAACCUCUGCUGGCAGUGCAUUCCAUGCAUCCACCACUCUGUGGGGGGGGGGGGGGGCAGGGUGUGUUGUGGGGAGUGGAACUUAACCCUGACAUCCCCUUAUCUUCCUCCAAUCACCUUAAAAUUAUGUCCCCUUGUGUUAGCUAUUUUCACCCUGGGGGGAAAAAAAUCUGAUUGUCCACUCGAUCUAUGCCUCUUAUCAUCUUGUACGCCUCUUAUCAUCUUGUACACCUCUAUCAAGUCACCUCUUGUCGUCCUCCUCUCCAAAGAGAAAAGCCCUAGCUCACUCAACCUAUCCUCAUAAGACAUGCUCUCCAAUCCAGGCAGCAUCCUGGUAAAUCUCCUCUGCACCCUCUCUAAAGCUUCUACAUCCAUUCUGCCCUGCCUGAUUGCCCCCUCACUCCUUUACAUUAGUCCAAUGCUGGCUUAAUGUGAGAGGAACCAAUGAGUUGAAUGGCUUCCUUGUGUAUGGUGAGAGUCAGUGGCACUGAGGCCCAUUAUGUAGCCCCACCAUUUCCCAAGCUGAUGAGGAACUGACCCAGUUGGAAGCAGCCUGGUUCGAGAUGUUCCGCUUCGCACCUGGGGCUACACUUAUCCAUACAAUGUACCAGCCCUGGCUAGCUUUCACUGUUUUUGAAAACCAAGAGACACAAUAUAAAAUCACUACCUUUCCAAGAUGGGACAACCCACAAAGCUUCAAGGGAUUGGACCUACCUUUCGUGUGAUUGGAUUAGACUCAAGUACAUUCACCAUAGGCAAAAACAAGCUGCUGGAGGGACUCAGCAGGUUGGGCAACUUCUGUGGAGGGAAAUGGACAGUCAAUGUUUUGGAUCCAGAUGAAGGGUCUCAACCUGAAAUGUUGACUGUCCACUUCUCUCCUCAGAUGCUGCCUGACCCACUGAGUUCCUUCAGCAGGUUGUUUCUCGCUCCAGAUUCCAGCAUCUGUAGUGUCUUGUCUCCACUUACCAAAAGGUCAGUGGCUUAAUGGUAAACCUUGUGAAUCCAGAAUGAUUAACACUGGGCUCCAUUGUUGACCUUGGUUAGAAUAGACUAGUUGGGCCAAAGGGCCUGUUUCCAUGCUGUAUAACUCUGACUAAUGAUGGGUUAUGAUUGACAUUGUCACUGAUUUUCUGAAAAGCAGCCUUUGGUAUACCAGUGAUAAAAUAAUAAUUAAUUUGAAUAAAAUCCUCAACAGGAGAAAGUUGAGAGUCCUGGAUAUGAUAGGAAGGUUGGAGGUCUUGAGCUCUCUCAUGCAGGGGUUUCUGCAGGAAAUGAUAAGGUCCCAGAGACUCUCCAUCCACUCUUUAAACUCUGCAAACAGCAACACGUUUCUCCAGAUGUAUGGUGGUGGAGAGCAUUCUGACUGGUUGCAUCACCUCCACAGCUCCUCCGCUGAAACAAACCUCCCUGCCGUUGAGGACAUCUUCAAGAGACGGUGCCUCUAGAAGGCAGAACUUUUGUAAUUAGCUCAGUCUGAGACCUCAUUGGCUGAAGACUACAGGCUUGGACCAUGAGCAGACUUGAGAGGGGGAGGUGGUUAGGUAGGGAAUGCAUCAUUAAGAAUCAUUAAUUCAUCCAUCAUUAAGGACUGUUCAGCAAUCUGAUGGUGGAGGGGAAGAAGCUGUUCCUGUAACAUUGAUUGUGGGUCUGGAGGCUCCUGUACCUCCUCCCUGAUGGUAGCAAUGCAAGGAGGGCAUGGUGAGGGUCCAUAAUGAUGAAUGAAUUCCCUACCUACCCCCCAACCUCAAGUCUGCUCAUGGUCCAAACCUGUGGCCUUCAGACAAUGAGGUCUCAGACUCAACCAAUUGCAAAGGUUCCCCAGUUGCAACUGGAGCUAUUGUUUAAGAGGGAAGUGAAGGCUUACCUCAAGUAAUGUCUUCUGACCUCAAAACAAAAACCUCCCUCGUUCCCAAAUGCAUUGUGUGUUCUGUUUCCUUUUCUACUACCUCGAUGUACUUGUGUAUAGCAUGAUCUGUCUGGAUGGAACACAAUGGCUUUUCACUGUAUCACGGUAUAUGUGACAGCAAUAAACCAAUAAGUUAUUAGUUAAUAAUUAUUUGUUAGUAAUAAUUGAGUUUGAGUUACAGUUGUACAAGAUAGUGGUGAGGCUGCAUUUGGAAUAUCAUGUUAAGUUUUGGUCACCCUGCUAUAGGAAAGAUGCCAUUAAGCUGGAAAGAGUGCAGAGGAG